GAGCAUGGCUGCCCGCUUGAGGAGUGAGGGACAAGGGUCCAGGGACACCGACGGACCGUGACAAGGAAAUGAGCCUCGGCCUGCUGCCUGACUCCACCUUGGCAUCACUUUCUCUCAUUCACUCUCGUGUUAUCCAUUCCUCGAGACUUGAGAAGUUGAUGCAUUUCAAGAUGCAGUUCUUGUGAGGCAAUGAAGGGGAAGCCACUGAUAUGGCUGUCCUGUGACUGAAUCUUCAGUACACUGCAUCAGUCAUGGGCUGCAUUUCCAGUUGCUACAGAAGAAGGGCUCCUAAUGUUUUCCCUGUCAUGAAUGUGGAUGAAGAAGGGAACAGGAUGACCCCAGGGAAAUUGGAAGUCACCCCCAUUGAUUUGAUUCUCCAUCAGACUGGGAAGCCCAGUAUCAUAUGGCCUCUCAAAAGUCUACGCAGGUAUGGAUUUGAUCCUGAGUUGAAGCUCUUCAGCUUUGAGUCUGGUCGACGCUGCUUUACUGGUCCGGGGAUCUUUGCCUUUAAAUGUGAAGCUGCUGAGUCAUUGUUCAAUCUUCUUCAGCUUCAUGUUCAACAGCAGAGUGGAGUUGUCCUUGCACAUCAGCCAAACAAUGGCCCACGGUUGGGGUCAGAGACAGGAUACACAGAGACAAAUGGUAAUCAGCAUUCUUCUACUCGUGAACGAAAUAGGGAUGACUAUGAAAAUCCCAUGCUCUUGGACAAUCCAGCAGCACCUUAUGUGAAUGCUCGCAUUGGGAUGCAGAUGCAGAGCCCAUCCUAUAUCAAUGUGAUUGUGAACUCAGAGAAUGCAGAGACGCGUCAGUCAGUGACAAGCAAUGAUAGUGAUCCUGGAUUGGGAGGCAUGAAUUAUGUGGAGCUGGACCUAGAAAGGACAUCACCGGAGAAUCCUAGCCUACUCAGGGACAAUGUCAAUGGGAAUGUCCCUGCAGGAGGGCAUUCAACCGAGAGUUCUCAAGCCUCCAAUGUCUUUGAUUCCCCCAACCGAGGAGACCGAUAUGCAACCAUUGAUUUUGACAAGACGGCUGCUCUUUCCCUCUCCAACUGUGGGAUCGAAUCAGAAGACACAUCGACUCGAAGAACCCGCCAUGAUUCCAUCAUUCCCACUAUUCGAGAAUGAAGGAAUGCGCUGCAAUCCACAUUGGUUUCAAAUGCGCUUGUGAUAAUUGCUUUGUGAUGACAUCUGGAGUUGCAGUAGACUUUGUGUACAGCACUUGUUUCCCAGAAUUGUGUCAAGAGAAUUAAUACUUUCAUAGGCAUGUACGCAAGUUCACUACACUCUGCUAAAAGGGAAAAAUUGUAAGGUGCAUGAUAUUGUUCAUCCAUCAAUUAGCAUGACUUUGCUCAAUCAUCUUUCAUGAAGUAUUAUUCUUUAAAAGAAAUGUCCAUUGGAUGUUGUUGAUGAUCUGAUUUCAAACAAAAGUUACAAGAAUGGUGAAUCUCUGUUAUUAUUUUAACACGUUUGCUACUGCAUGUUGCAUAUGCAACAUAGUGUUUUUUUUUUAUCAGACUGACUCACGUUGCAAGUGCAUGGUGUCUUUGAGUAUUGAGACUGAUUUCUCAUGAAGUGCUAACUUGUAGAGAUGGUUAGAUUUUGUUGCACAGUCUCUGUAUUGAUUUUACAGGA